AUGGAGCACAGCAUAGCUCAGACAGAGAAGCUCCUGGGACAGCUCUGCACAGGGCUGGCCUCUUACACCCGGAAGACUGCAGGCCUGCGGGACAAAGGAGACCUGCUGGUGACUCAGCUCAUGGACCUGUCCCGCCCUGAAGACCCGGAGCUCCAGUUAGGCCUCAAGAACCUGGCAGAGGACUUGGCCAUGGUGCAGGACUACAGGCAGGCACAGGUGGAGAGGCUCGAGAGCAGGGUGCUGAUGCCUCUUAAAGCCUAUGGAGAUAUCAUCAAGAACAAGAGGGUGAGUUGA